UCAGGUUUCUCUGGGCGGCGGAGGCGGCGGGGACGCGGCUGCCGCGGGCACCAUGAACCCGCUGUAACGCGCAGUCUGCGCGGCGCGGGGGGCGGGGGGAGGAGGAGGCCGCCGCGGUGAAGUUCUCCGCCAUGAACCUGAGGGGCCUUUUCCAGGACUUCAACCCGAGUAAAUUCCUCAUCUAUGCCUGUCUGCUGCUGUUCUCUGUGCUGCUGGCCCUUCGUCUGGAUGGCAUCAUUCAGUGGAGUUACUGGGCCGUCUUUGCCCCAAUAUGGCUGUGGAAGUUAAUGGUCAUUGUUGGAGCCUCAGUUGGAACCGGAGUCUGGGCACGAAAUCCCCAAUAUCGAGCAGAAGGAGAAACAUGUGUGGAGUUCAAGGCCAUGCUGAUUGCAGUGGGUAUCCACUUGCUCCUGCUGAUGUUUGAAGUGCUGGUGUGUGAUCGGAUCGAGCGAGGCAGCCAUUUCUGGCUCCUGGUCUUCAUGCCGCUGUUCUUUGUGUCCCCGGUGUCUGUGGCAGCUUGUGUUUGGGGCUUUCGACAUGACAGGUCACUGGAGUUAGAAAUCCUGUGUUCUGUCAACAUCCUCCAGUUUAUAUUCAUUGCCUUAAGACUGGACAAGAUCAUCCACUGGCCCUGGCUUGUUGUGUGUGUCCCGCUGUGGAUUCUCAUGUCCUUUCUGUGCCUGGUGGUCCUCUAUUACAUUGUAUGGUCCGUCCUGUUCCUGCGCUCCAUGGAUGUGAUUGCAGAACAACGAAGGACACACAUCACGAUGGCACUGAGCUGGAUGACCAUUGUCGUGCCUCUCCUUACCUUUGAGAUCCUGCUGGUUCACAAACUGGACGGCCACAAUGCAUUCUCCUGUAUACCAAUAUUUGUCCCCCUCUGGCUUUCCUUGAUCACUCUGAUGGCAACCACAUUUGGACAGAAGGGAGGGAACCACUGGUGGUUUGGUAUUCGCAAGGAUUUCUGUCAGUUCCUGCUUGAAAUCUUCCCAUUUUUGAGAGAAUACGGAAACAUCUCCUAUGACCUCCACCAUG